AAAAUCUCCAGAGUCCCGAGAUGCGCGGCGCAUAUCCCCACCUUUAGCAAAUGUAAGCGCGGCACAACAAACUUUUGGACAGUCUGAGAGUGUACACUGAGGUGAACUGUUGUUGCUAUGUCGGAGAAAUUACAAAUUGGUUCCCUGGUCUGGGCAAAAAUGAAGGGAUUUUCUCCUUGGCCAGGCUUGAUCUCGAAACCGAAACACUGGGUCAAAAAACCCGCGAAGAAGACGGAUUUCCAAUGUAUCUACUUCUUCGGAACAAAGAAUUAUGCCUGGAUAGAGGAAUCGAACAUUAUGCCCUACUUGGAGUUUAAAGAGAAAUUGGUCAAUUCGUGCAAAUCUGCAAGUUUCAAAGAGGCCGUUGCCGAAAUUGAGGAAUUUCUGGAACGCAUCGAGGCGGAUCCUACUUUCACUCCUGAGCAGUUUGAUAACGAAAGGGAACAGGAUACCACCUUUGACCGUAUUAAAGAAGACAGUAAGAGUGCGCCAAAGAAAAAGAAGGAAUCCACCGGAGGCACCAAGCGGCUGUCCACUGCAAUUACACCUAAGGCAUCUAAAAAACGCAAAUCCUCACAAAGCGAAGAGAACGGAGCAAUUUCACCUGUUUUAUCGAAUCAUGUACCUAAAAAUUACGAAGAACUCCUUAAUCGCCCUUUGGUGGAGAAACCCGCGUCCCCUUCGUUGGAUAUUAACAGCAUAUCCGAAAGUUUUAAGAGUAAGAAAAUUGAAGCCUCGACGAAAACCUUCGGUUUCAUCGGAUUGGGCAUAAUGGGAUCGAGAAUUGUAAAGAAUUUGAUCAACUCCGGGCACAAGGUGAAUUUAUGGAAUAGGACCGCGAAAAAGGCGGAGGAAGUGAAAGAGCAGGCAGAUCUUACAUCUCCGGGCCAGGUGAAAACCUUCAGCGUGCCCUGCGAUGUCGUCUACAACUCUGAUAUCAUUUUCUCGUGCGUUUCCGACACGAGGGCGGCCAAAAAUAUCGUUUUCACAAACUGUGGAGUAUUAUAUCAGCAAGACGGCAAUAGCUUAGAAGGGAAAGGUUAUGUUGAGCUAACCUCAAUUGAUACAGAAACUUCAAAAGACAUCAGUAAUGUUAUCACUAGUAAAGGUGGGCGUUACUUAGAAGCCCAACUGCAAGGCAGCAAAGAUGAAGCUGACAAUGGUUCUUUAAUUGUUCUCGGGGCGGGCGACAAGUCGCUCUUCGACGAUUGUCAGACAUGCUUCCAGGCGAUGGGAAAAACGGCGUUCUACCUUGGCGAAGUCGGAUACGCGACAAAAAUGAAUCUAAUACUGCAGGUCAUGCGUGGCAUUUCGCUCGCCGGUCUCACCGAAGGCCUGGUUUUAGCCGACCGAUCCGGAUUGUCGCUCAAGGACGUGCUGGAAAUCUUCAGCAUUACCUCCAUGAGCUCCCCCGCGCUGAUGGAGAAGGCGAACAUAAUCGUAAACCAAGAUUUCCGAAAUCCGCGCAUGCCUCUGCAACACAUGCAAAAAGAUUUGAAGCUGGCGUUGGAGUUGAGCGAUUCUCUACAACAACCUCUUCUGCUAACAGCUACGGCCAAUGAAGUUUUCAAGCACGCUCGCCGUUUGGGAUACAGCAAACACGACUCGGCCGCCGUCUACAUGCGCGCCCGUCACUAACUUCCACCUCGAGGAUUAGCUAAAUUGCAAUAGAUCCACUGUGAAGUGUUUUUGUAAUCUUAAGAAAGAUAAUUAGUGCGAAGUUACAAAGACUGAUGUGGCAAUUAUGAGGAACAUUCUCCCCUUAGAUUUCGAUGAGACCACCCGUAAGUUUAGACAAAUGUAAGAUAAUUAAAUCUUGUAAAAAAAAAUUUUGAUCAUUUUGAUAAUUGACCAUUGAUUAUGUAUAUUAAUCGACAUAUUUUAUUUACUUUCUUUUUUAACUUAGUAUACAAUACAGUUAGUUAAAGUUUUAUUGUAAUCGUUAACAUAGUGACUCGUUCUCACAGGACACCUUCGAACGUACUAGUUUAUUACGUUGAUUAUCGCAGAAUUUAAUUAAGUACAUGUACUUUUGUAAAUUGUAGUUAAUAUCUCUUCUCUGUAUUAAUGUUAUUACAAAUUUUCUAUUGA